UGCCCGACGCUCGCGGCUCGCGCUCGGGCUCGCGAUGGGGAAGAAGUCCCGGGCGGUACCCGGCCGCAGGCCCAUCCUGCAGCUCUCUCCGCCGGGUCCCCGGAGCAGCACGCCGGGCCGGGACCCGGAGCCGGAACCCGACACCGAGCCGGACUCGACGGCGGCGGCGUCCAGCCAGCCAGCCCCGGCGGCGCCGGCGACCACGACGACCGCGGUGACUGCCGCCGCGGCCCCAGACGACUCGCCUUCAGAAGAUGAACAGGAGGUGGUGGUGGAGAUUCCCAGAGUUGUUCAGAAUCCUCCAAAACCAGUCAUGACCACCAGACCCACAGCCGUCAAAGCAACAGGAGGUCUGUGCUUACUUGGAGCGUAUGCUGACAGUGAUGAUGACGAGAGUGAUGUUUCAGAAAGACCAGCACAAUCUAAAGAGGCGAAUGGAAACCAGUCAACUGAUAUUGAUAGUACAUUGGCCAACUUCCUGGCGGAGAUUGAUGCUAUAACAGCUCCUCAGCCUGCAGCUCCUGUAGGAGCUUCUGCUCCACCUCCAACUCCACCCCGACCAGAGCCAAAGGAAUCAGUGACAUCUGCCCUUUCUUCCACUACUUCAAAUGGAACAGACUCAACCCAAGCAUCAGGGUGGCAGUACGAUACUCAGUGUUCACUGGCUGGAGUUGGAAUUGAGAUGGGAGAUUGGCAAGAAGUCUGGGAUGAGAACACAGGAUGCUAUUAUUAUUGGAACACACAAACAAAUGAAGUGACUUGGGAGUUGCCCCAGUAUCUUGCCACCCAGGUACAGGGAUUACAACAUUACCAAGCCAGUUCUGUAACAGGUGCUGAAACUAGUUUCGUGGUAAAUACAGACAUUUAUACUAAGGAGAAAAAUAUUUCUGUUUCUGGUGGUAAAAGUGGACCAGUCAUAGCCAAGCGAGAAGUUAAAAAGGAACUAAAUGAAGGAAUUCAGGCUCUCUCAAAUAGUGAGGAGGAGAAGAAAGGGGUGGCAGCAUCAUUGCUUGCUCCUUUACUGCCUGAGGGAGUAAAAGAGGAAGAAGAAAGAUGGAGAAGAAAAGUAAUUUGUAAAGAAGUAGAGCCAGUUUCAGAAGUGAAAGAAACAAGUACGACAGCAGAAGCAGCAGCAACAGUAGUAAAGCCACAGGAAAUUAUAUUGGACAGUAUGGAAGACCCUUCCCAGGAGGAUCUGUGCAGUGUUGUUCAAUCUGGAGAAAGUGAAGAAGAAGAGGAACAAGAUACCCUUGAGCUGGAGCUAGUUUUGGAAAGGAAAAAAGCAGAGUUGCGAGCCUUGGAGGAAGGAGAUGGUAGUGUGUCAGGGUCUAGUCCAUGUUCUGAUAUCAGCCAGCCAGCAUCUCAAGAUGGAAUGCGUAGACUUAUGUCUAAAAGAGGGAAAUGGAAGAUGUUUGUUCGAGCUACCAGUCCAGAAUCUACCAGCCGCAGUUCUAGCAAAACUGGACGAGAGACUCCAGAAAAUGGAGAAACUGCAAUUGGUGCUGAAAAUUCAGAAAAAAUAGAUGAGAGUUCAGACAAAGAGAUGGAAGUGGAAGAAUCCCCAGAGAAGAUAAAAGUACAAACAGCACCUAAAGUGGAAGAGGAACAGGAUUUGAAAUUCCAGAUUGGAGAACUGGCAAAUACCCUGACAAGUAAAUUUGAAUUCCUAGGCAUUAAUAGACAGUCCAUCUCCAACUUUCAUGUGCUGCUCUUACAGACUGAGACUCGGAUUGCAGACUGGCGGGAAGGGGCUCUUAAUGGAAACUACCUUAAACGUAAACUUCAGGAUGCAGCAGAACAACUAAAACAGUAUGAAAUAAACGCCACUCCUAAAGGCUGGUCCUGCCACUGGGACAGGGAUCAUAGACGAUAUUUCUAUGUAAACGAACAGUCGGGCGAGUCUCAAUGGGAGUUCCCAGAUGGUGAAGAGGAGGAGGAAGAAAGCCAAGCACAAGAAAAUAGAGAUGAGACUCUUCCUAAACAGACCUUGAAAGACAAAGCUGGCACUGAUUCAAAUUCUACAGAGUCCUCCGAGAAUUCCACAGGUUCUCUUUGUAAAGAGUCCUUUUCUGGCCAAGUUUCUUCUUCAUCACUCAUGCCACUUACUCCAUUCUGGACCCUCCUUCAGUCAAAUGUGCCUGUGCUUCAACCUCCAUUACCUUUGGAAAUGCCACCCCCCCCACCUCCACCCCCAGAAUCGCCUCCUCCUCCUCCCCCUCCCCCUCCUCCUGUAGAAGAUGGUGAGAUUCAGGAGGUAGAGAUGGAGGAUGAGGGAAGUGAGGAGCCACCUGCCCCAGGAACAGAGGAGGAUACUCCAUUGAAACCUUCCACACAAGCCACGGUUGUAACUAGCCAGAGUUCAGGUGAUGCUCCUGUCUCUACUUCUCCUUCCACUAAAGCGAUAAAGAGAAAAGCUACAGAAAUUAGUACUGCAGUAGUUCAGAGAUCAGCUACCAUUGGUAGUUCUCCAGUCCUCUACAGCCAGUCAGCUGUAGCUGCAGGUCACCAGGCGACAGGGAUUGGACAUCAGUCUGCAGGGAUUGGACACCAGGCAAUAUCAGUUAGCCAUCCAGCAACAGGAAUGGGUCAUCAGGCCAGAGGAAUGAACCUACAGUCAAAUUACCUCGGACUGGCUUCAGCUCCUGCAAUUAUGAGUUAUACUGAAUGUUCUGUCCCAAUGGCAGUGACUGCUCCUACACUGCAGCCGGUCCAGGCCCGAGGUGCUGUGCCUACCAGUGCCAUUAUAGAACCACCACCACCACCUCCUCCUCCUCCUCCACCUCCACCACCACCAGCUCCCAAAGUGCCACCCCCUGAGAAGUCGAAAAAAGGAAAGAAAGAUAAGGCAAAGAAGAGUAAAACCAAAAUGCCAUCCCUGGUAAAGAAGUGGCAGAGUAUCCAGCGUGAGUUAGAUGAAGAGGAGAACUCUAGUUCCAGUGAAGAGGACCGGGAAUCAACUGCACAGAAGCGAAUUGAAGAGUGGAAACAGCAGCAGCUGGUCAGUGGCAUGGCAGAGAGGAAUGCAAAUUUUGAAGCCCUUCCUGAGGAUUGGCGAGCAAGACUGAAAAGAAGGAAAAUGGCUCCAAACACAUAGUUUUUUAAAAAAAUAAUUGUUUU